CGCAUUUUGCUGAACUUUCUAAUAUCUUUUUUGUGAUAGAUUAUUUCCCAGAGGCUCCCGCCAGAAGGACAUACGGCGGGGACUACAAGUACGGCCUCCCGUCUAAACGUAAACCAUAUUUCCCUGAAGCUCCUAUUAGGAGAACAUACGAAGGCAGCUACAUGUAUCGCAAAGCGUAUGAUGAUCCUCCACAUGAUUCAUCGUCCUGGAACCGAAGAGGAUUUUUACCCAAUAGCGACCCAAUCGAAGCCUUGAAAAGAGUCCCUUCUGAAAUGACUAGAGCGGAACACAUGGCGCUUUCCAGAGGAACAUGGCUUCCAGAUAACGAGCCUGUGAAAGUCCCACCCAGGCUACCUCCACCAGCACAACCAGACGCCGAUGCUCGGUUGUACAAUGAUGUCCACAAACAGUUGAACGAUAAGGAAACCGAGGACUUAAUUCACGGAAAAACCGGGAUGACGGAUCUACAAAAGCGGAAGCGAUAUCUCAUGGAUCUGUUAGCGGAGAAGUUGAAAUCAAAAGUGAACGAAGCUCAGAAAAGGGGCGUGAAGAUUCCGACCAAAAUCAUGGAUUUCUUGUGGAAUUAUGAGUCUCGCCGAGGAUUGGAUACACAAUCUGAUAAAAACCGCUUGAGCAAUUGAGAAGUCCAACCUGAAGUUUCGAUCCGAUUAUGAAUGGCUAAUGACUAUUACAUGAAAAGCUUUACUGUUGUAGCUCACGCUACUGAGUGACUAGUACAAAUAAAACUUAAGCAGGUUAAUCGUCCUAUAGAUGAAAUGUAGUAAAAUUUAGAUUGUGUUACCACAACGGAGUACAGUUUCCUUCUUUGCUGGUAACAAAGCCUCUAUUUUUAUCCGAAGAUCUUUGGACAUUUAGAGAAAUAAUAGUGGUUACGUUGUUGUCCAUUUAGAAUUAUUACGAAGGGAAAAACGAUAAUUCGGUGCAGAUACACGGCUAAGAUAAAAACGUACAUGACAAAUAAUUCAGCACAAUUUUAACC